AUGGAGGCCCCGGAGGGGGAUGGCGAUGUCAGCGGGGGGGGUCUACCCUCCGCACGGCCCGCAUCUCCGGCCCCCUCCAUCUCCCUCCUGGAGGUCAAGGUGGAGACGAGCCUGGUGCUGGAGGCGUUCCUCAGGCGCGCCCUGUCCACCCCCCUGACUCAACGCCCUGGGAGCAUCGGGGGAUCGUACCGUGACCAUAAGAAUUGCAUUGCGAGUCCUAAAGAUGACCGCGUUAGAGCAGAGGUUUCUAAAGAUGACCGCGUUAGAGCAGAGGUUUCUAAAGAUGGCCGCUCUAGAGUGGAGGGUUCCAAAGAUGGCCGCCCUAGAGCCGAGGGUUCCAAAGAUGGCAGCUCUACAACAGAGGGUCCAGAAGAUGGCCGCUGUAAAGCUGAGGGUGGACUGGAUUCCCAGAGCUGCUCAGAGGCGGAGAAGAAACUCAAAUUUAAAGGCCUGUUAAAGAAGCACCUGAAAGCUCGUUCCUUCAAAUUGCAUUUACGAGACUCACAGAAGACAGACAGCAGACUCCAGGAAGAUGUGGUGUCGCCGUAUUCAUCCACUACUGACGACGAAAGUGACGGUGAGGAGGAAAACAAGAAGAAGAAAAAGAAAAAGAAGAAACUGAAGCUCCCCUUUUCCAAUAUCUUUCAUAAUAUGAAAUCUAAGAAGGAUACCGCAAAUAAGGACGUCUCAAAUCCUGAGGGACCCAGUUCACUGGUGACCAGUGACACAAAAACAGACCCAGCGGAGCCAUUGACGUCACCUGGCCACCCUCCUGAGUUCUAUGCUGAAGUGGCAGAGUCCAUUGACAGAUUUGCUAUGAAACACAGUUUGGAGACGCAGGAGCACUCUCUGGCCGGCUCAGCCAAUAGCAAGGAGGCUGUGGUGCAGCAGUUGGUCCAGGCUCUACAAAUACAAGGAGAUGCCAUCAAUGACAGGAUCCAGUCCAGCCCUUUCGUACGCUCCUCUCUGACCAAAAUAUCCUACCGUUCCUUCGCCAACCUGGUGGAUAUGUUCACCAGCCAGACACGAGCCCCGGCCCCCGCCCCCACCAGCCCCACCCUGUCCCGCAUCGCCAUGACAAUGGAGGUGUCACGCCGCGUCGUCACGGCCACGGGCACGCUCAAGAUCCAGGAGCAUGCUGAGCGCUACAUGGAGGAGUUCACCCCCUGGGUGAGAAGUCAUGGAGGAUGGGAGAACAUCCUCCAAUCAGAGGAAGUUUUGGAGUAUGACUGGCAGGACUGAGUGUGAAGGUAAUACAGUUACCAAACAAAGGAAUGAGGGGAACAUAUACUGUAUAUUAGUACUGUACUACAGAGAGAGCUGGACGGGUUACACUGUAGUACUGUACUACAGAGAGAGCUGGACGGGUUACACUGUAGUACUGUGUCCCAACAAAUAUCUAAAAUGCUGAAGUUUUAACAGCAGAUAGAAAAUACAUUCGCUGAUUUAUGUUUUUGAGCUAAAAAAGAAGCUGCUGAUAACUCUCCCUACGCCUUUCCCUUUCAUAGCUUUGAUCCAUUCAUAAAGCAAACUACAGGACCCCCCUGUGGGCAUACACCAUACUAAUCUGUGAUCUUUUCAGUUGAGUUCAGUAGAUCCUUACUGUCCACUAAGGGAAGUUGGUGUGCAGUAUUAAACAUUCACACGCAUUUGACAACCACAAAGAACAAAGACUUAACAGUUAACAACAUGACCAGGACAGGGAAGUGCCUACAGUUAUAAAGCAGUAAAACUAGUGUGUGCGCAAAGAGUAAAAUUCAGAACGUGUGAAAUUUGCAGUAAAUUUGCCAUAAGAGCAGCUGGUUUUCACCUUAAAAUUUGAUCCAAGUACCCAAGGGAAGUGGGUUAACUGUGUAAACAGCAGCUCUGAUUGGUUCAUUAAGUGCAGAGUCGCGGUGAAAACCUGCUUGGGGCAGGGCCAGGAUUGCAGACCCCUGGUUUGGCUGAAUGCACAGCCAGGGGAUAAAGCUAAUGUGCCAUUCAGCUGGUUUACCACUAGGGGGCCCCUGUGCCUGGGAAAUAAUGGACACUAAAGCUUUGGAGCUGCACACUGGAGGUUCACCACAAGUAAGGGAAGCCUUUGAAUAUUCACUGUCUGUCCUCAAGAAGAGCUCUACCCAACUCUGCCCCUGCCCAAAACAAUAAACCAGCUCACUGUAGUACCCUUACCCCUGCUGCUGCUGUGUGCAUACCCUUACCCUGUGUUCCUGCAGUGACCAACGGGGAGACCAAACUGUGAACCCAUACUUUUGCCCUUGUGUAAAUGUUUACAUUCAGUUUCACUGUAUUUUAAUGAGAUGGGCAGCUGCAUCGGGUCAUCUCAGGCAGGUCCUGUGUGGGUGUCUCCACGUCGCUGUCAGGGUUUCCUAACAUUUUUGUUUGUUUGCUUUCUAUCAAAUGUCCUUAGUGCCUUGCAGACCUGGGUCAAAUUUGUGUUUGUUUUGGAUUCAAAUACUUUUCUACGCUUUACUGAUCUUGUCUGGUGUAUUGGAACCAAUGAAAUACUCUCAAAAAGUGCAAACCCCGCCUUCUGGCCAUAUUGGCAGGCUCAAUUACACCAGCCAAGAUCAAUAGAGCACAGAAAAGUAUUUGAAUCCAAAACAAAUAGAUAUUUGACCCAGGUCUGUUGCCCUGUGGGCCACUGUGAAGGAGAAUGUGUGUGGCACUGUGUGUGGUUUUUCUGUGCAGCUAAAUCCUCUCUCUCUCACUGGCCUUUGAGUAAUGAUGUCAUACUCAGUCACAUGAUGCGAUCACUCACUGAAAGCUUAAGAGCUAAAGCUGAUCAUUUCCCUGGCGCAGACUUAUCCUUUGCUGUACAUAACAUCAGCCCUCUCUGUGUAUAUAAUCCAAGAACUAACAGAAAUUAUAUUCCUUUGGCUCUAUAUUUCUUAUUGCUGAAUGCUGACAAUAGUUUUUAUUUUUAACAUUUUUUAUACAAAUUCAAAAAUGGCUAAUUUUUCUGAUUACAAAGAGGACACAUAUUAGACAUUUUAAAUAUUUUAUUAUUUUAGUAAUCGGUGCAUUUGUAAAAUAUUAAUAUCAUGCAAAGGUAACAUGUCAAUAUGCAAAAACGCCUUGUAAGUUCCUGUGUUAUACAUUGAAAUUGGUCUUGGUAUGUGUGCUUAUAAUGUGUCAAUUUCUGCAAAUUCUGAGUAAAUUUGUAAUGAAUGUGACUUUUUUUU